AUGCAGCGAUUACUCGUCGUCGGAAUCGGCAAACUUGAUGGAGUGGCUCUCCUGGUCGAUGAUGCCGCCCCUGUAGCUGCCCCUCUUCUUCUUUGUCUUCUCAUGCCGGAACCCCCUGUGCACCUCGUGGGCCUUGGCAUCCCAUCCACUUCCCGCCCCGCUCUGCUUGGCACAAGCACACGUGGCAUGGGAGGGACACAUGGCAUGGGCAUGAUGGACGUGAGGCAGCAAACGCGGAUGAGAAAAGCGGGGAAUGAAAACAGCAGGACACGUGGCAUAUGGGAGGGACACGUGGCAUAUGGGAGGGACACGUGGCAUAUGGGAGGGACAUGUGGCAUAUGGGAGGGACAUGUGGCAUAUGGGAGGGACAUGUGGCAUAUGGGAGGGACACGUGGCAUAUGGGAGGGACACGUGGCAUAUGGGAGGGACAUGUGGCAUAUGGGAGGGACAUGUGGCAUAUGGGAGGGACAUGUGGCAUAUGGGAGGGACAUGUGGCAUAUGGGAGGGACAUGUGGCAUAUGGGAGGGACACGUGGCAUAUGGGAGGGACAUGUGGCAUAUGGGAGGGACACGUGGCAUAUGGGAGGGACAUGUGGCAUAUGGGAGGGACAUGUGGCAUAUGGGAGGGACAUGUGGCAUAUGGGAGGGACACGUGGCAUAUGGGAGGGACAUGUGGCAUAUGGGAGGGACACGUGGCAUAUGGGAGGGACACGUGGCAUAUGGGAGGGACAUGUGGCAUAUGGGAGGGACAUGUGGCAUAUGGGAGGGACAUGUGGCAUAUGGGAGGGACACGUGGCAUAUGGGAGGGACAUGUGGCAUAUGGGAGGGACACGUGGCAUAUGGGAGGGACACGUGGCAUAUGGGAGGGACAUGUGGCAUAUGGGAGGGACACGUGGCAUAUGGGAGGGACAUGUGGCAUAUGGGAGGGACACGUGGCAUAUGGGAGGGACAUGUGGCAUAUGGGAGGGACAUGUGGCAUAUGGGAGGGACACGUGGCAUAUGGGAGGGACACGUGGCAUAUGGGAGGGACAUGUGGCAUAUGGGAGGGACACGUGGCAUAUGGGAGGGACACGUGGCAUAUGGGAGGGACACGUGGCAUAUGGGAGGGACAUGUGGCAUAUGGGAGGGACAUGUGGCAUAUGGGAGGGACAUGUGGCAUAUGGGAGGGACAUGUGGCAUAUGGGAGGGACACGUGGCAUAUGGGAGGGACAUGUGGCAUAUGGGAGGGACACGUGGCAUAUGGGAGGGACACGUGGCAUAUGGGAGGGACACGUGGCAUAUGGGAGGGACAUGUGGCAUAUGGGAGGGACACGUGGCAUAUGGGAGGGACACGUGGCAUAUGGGAGGGACAUGUGGCAUAUGGGAGGGACAUGUGGCAUAUGGGAGGGACAUGUGGCAUAUGGGAGGGACACGUGGCAUAUGGGAGGGACACGUGGCAUAUGGGAGGGACAUGUGGCAUAUGGGAGGGACAUGUGGCAUAUGGGAGGGACAUGUGGCAUAUGGGAGGGACAUGUGGCAUAUGGGAGGGACACGUGGCAUAUGGGAGGGACAUGUGGCAUAUGGGAGGGACACGUGGCAUAUGGGAGGGACACGUGGCAUAUGGGAGGGACAUGUGGCAUAUGGGAGGGACAUGUGGCAUAUGGGAGGGACAUGUGGCAUAUGGGAGGGACACGUGGCAUAUGGGAGGGACAUGUGGCAUAUGGGAGGGACACGUGGCAUAUGGGAGGGACACGUGGCAUAUGGGAGGGACAUGUGGCAUAUGGGAGGGACACGUGGCAUAUGGGAGGGACAUGUGGCAUAUGGGAGGGACACGUGGCAUAUGGGAGGGACAUGUGGCAUAUGGGAGGGACACGUGGCAUAUGGGAGGGACACGUGGCAUAUGGGAGGGACAUGUGGCAUAUGGGAGGGACAUGUGGCAUAUGGGAGGGACACGUGGCAUAUGGGACGUGCAUGGGACAUGUGGCAUAUGGGAGGGACAUGUGGCAUAUGGGAGGGACAUGUGGCAUAUGGGAGGGACAUGUGGCAUAUGGGAGGGACACGUGGCAUAUGGGAGGGACAUGUGGCAUAUGGGAGGGACACGUGGCAUAUGGGAGGGACAUGUGGCAUAUGGGAGGGACACGUGGCAUAUGGGAGGGACAUGUGGCAUAUGGGAGGGACAUGUGGCAUAUGGGAGGGACAUGUGGCAUAUGGGAGGGACACGUGGCAUAUGGGAGGGACAUGUGGCAUAUGGGAGGGACACGUGGCAUAUGGGAGGGACACGUGGCAUAUGGGAGGGACAUGUGGCAUAUGGGAGGGACACGUGGCAUAUGGGAGGGACAUGUGGCAUAUGGGAGGGACAUGUGGCAUAUGGGAGGGACAUGUGGCAUAUGGGAGGGACAUGUGGCAUAUGGGAGGGACAUGUGGCAUAUGGGAGGGACACGUGGCAUAUGGGAGGGACACGUGGCAUAUGGGAGGGACAUGUGGCAUAUGGGAGGGACACGUGGCAUAUGGGAGGGACAUGUGGCAUAUGGGAGGGACAUGUGGCAUAUGGGAGGGACAUGUGGCAUAUGGGAGGGACACGUGGCAUAUGGGAGGGACAUGUGGCAUAUGGGAGGGACAUGUGGCAUAUGGGAGGGACAUGUGGCAUAUGGGAGGGACACGUGGCAUAUGGGAGGGACAUGUGGCAUAUGGGAGGGACACGUGGCAUAUGGGAGGGACACGUGGCAUAUGGGAGGGACAUGUGGCAUAUGGGAGGGACACGUGGCAUAUGGGAGGGACAUGUGGCAUAUGGGAGGGACACGUGGCAUAUGGGAGGGACAUGUGGCAUAUGGGAGGGACACGUGGCAUAUGGGAGGGACACGUGGCAUAUGGGAGGGACAUGUGGCAUAUGGGAGGGACAUGUGGCAUAUGGGAGGGACACGUGGCAUAUGGGAGGGACAUGUGGCAUAUGGGAGGGACAUGUGGCAUAUGGGAGGGACAUGUGGCAUAUGGGAGGGACACGUGGCAUAUGGGAGGGACAUGUGGCAUAUGGGAGGGACAUGUGGCAUAUGGGAGGGACACGUGGCAUAUGGGAGGGACAUGUGGCAUAUGGGAGGGACACGUGGCAUAUGGGAGGGACACGUGGCAUAUGGGAGGGACAUGUGGCAUAUGGGAGGGACACGUGGCAUAUGGGAGGGACACGUGGCAUAUGGGAGGGACAUGUGGCAUAUGGGAGGGACACGUGGCAUAUGGGAGGGACAUGUGGCAUAUGGGAGGGACACGUGGCAUAUGGGAGGGACAUGUGGCAUAUGGGAGGGACAUGUGGCAUAUGGGAGGGACACGUGGCAUAUGGGAGGGACACGUGGCAUAUGGGAGGGACAUGUGGCAUAUGGGAGGGACACGUGGCAUAUGGGAGGGACAUGUGGCAUAUGGGAGGGACACGUGGCAUAUGGGAGGGACAUGUGGCAUAUGGGAGGGACAUGUGGCAUAUGGGAGGGACAUGUGGCAUAUGGGAGGGACACGUGGCAUAUGGGAGGGACAUGUGGCAUAUGGGAGGGACAUGUGGCAUAUGGGAGGGACAUGUGGCAUAUGGGAGGGACACGUGGCAUAUGGGAGGGACAUGUGGCAUAUGGGAGGGACACGUGGCAUAUGGGAGGGACAUGUGGCAUAUGGGAGGGACACGUGGCAUAUGGGAGGGACACGUGGCAUAUGGGAGGGACAUGUGGCAUAUGGGAGGGACACGUGGCAUAUGGGAGGGACAUGUGGCAUAUGGGAGGGACACGUGGCAUAUGGGAGGGACAUGUGGCAUAUGGGAGGGACACGUGGCAUAUGGGAGGGACACGUGGCAUAUGGGAGGGACAUGUGGCAUAUGGGAGGGACACGUGGCAUAUGGGAGGGACACGUGGCAUAUGGGAGGGACAUGUGGCAUAUGGGAGGGACAUGUGGCAUAUGGGAGGGACACGUGGCAUAUGGGAGGGACAUGUGGCAUAUGGGAGGGACACGUGGCAUAUGGGAGGGACACGUGGCAUAUGGGAGGGACAUGUGGCAUAUGGGAGGGACAUGUGGCAUAUGGGAGGGACACGUGGCAUAUGGGAGGGACACGUGGCAUAUGGGAGGGACAUGUGGCAUAUGGGAGGGACACGUGGCAUAUGGGAGGGACAUGUGGCAUAUGGGAGGGACACGUGGCAUAUGGGAGGGACAUGUGGCAUAUGGGAGGGACACGUGGCAUAUGGGAGGGACAUGUGGCAUAUGGGAGGGACAUGUGGCAUAUGGGAGGGACAUGUGGCAUAUGGGAGGGACACGUGGCAUAUGGGAGGGACACGUGGCAUAUGGGAGGGACAUGUGGCAUAUGGGAGGGACAUGUGGCAUAUGGGAGGGACACGUGGCAUAUGGGAGGGACAUGUGGCAUAUGGGAGGGACAUGUGGCAUAUGGGAGGGACACGUGGCAUAUGGGAGGGACAUGUGGCAUAUGGGAGGGACACGUGGCAUAUGGGAGGGACAUGUGGCAUAUGGGAGGGACACGUGGCAUAUGGGAGGGACAUGUGGCAUAUGGGAGGGACAUGUGGCAUAUGGGAGGGACAUGUGGCAUAUGGGAGGGACACGUGGCAUAUGGGAGGGACAUGUGGCAUAUGGGAGGGACACGUGGCAUAUGGGAGGGACAUGUGGCAUAUGGGAGGGACACGUGGCAUAUGGGAGGGACACGUGGCAUAUGGGAGGGACAUGUGGCAUAUGGGAGGGACACGUGGCAUAUGGGAGGGACACGUGGCAUAUGGGAGGGACACGUGGCAUAUGGGAGGGACAUGUGGCAUAUGGGAGGGACACGUGGCAUAUGGGAGGGACAUGUGGCAUAUGGGAGGGACACGUGGCAUAUGGGAGGGACAUGUGGCAUAUGGGAGGGACAUGUGGCAUAUGGGAGGGACAUGUGGCAUAUGGGAGGGACACGUGGCAUAUGGGAGGGACAUGUGGCAUAUGGGAGGGACAUGUGGCAUAUGGGAGGGACACGUGGCAUAUGGGAGGGACAUGUGGCAUAUGGGAGGGACACGUGGCAUAUGGGAGGGACACGUGGCAUAUGGGAGGGACAUGUGGCAUAUGGGAGGGACACGUGGCAUAUGGGAGGGACAUGUGGCAUAUGGGAGGGACACGUGGCAUAUGGGAGGGACACGUGGCAUAUGGGAGGGACAUGUGGCAUACGGGAGGGACAUGUGGCAUAUGGGAGGGACAUGUGGCAUAUGGGAGGGACACGUGGCAUAUGGGAGGGACACGUGGCAUAUGGGAGGGACACGUGGCAUAUGGGAGGGACAUGUGGCAUAUGGGAGGGACACGUGGCAUAUGGGAGGGACACGUGGCAUAUGGGAGGGACACGUGGCAUAUGGGAGGGACACGUGGCAUAUGGGAGGGACAUGUGGCAUAUGGGAGGGACAUGUGGCAUAUGGGAGGGACACGUGGCAUAUGGGAGGGACAUGUGGCAUAUGGGAGGGACACGUGGCAUAUGGGAGGGACACGUGGCAUAUGGGAGGGACAUGUGGCAUAUGGGAGGGACAUGUGGCAUAUGGGAGGGACACGUGGCAUAUGGGAGGGACACGUGGCAUAUGGGAGGGACAUGUGGCAUAUGGGAGGGACACGUGGCAUAUGGGAGGGACACGUGGCAUAUGGGAGGGACAUGUGGCAUAUGGGAGGGACAUGUGGCAUAUGGGAGGGACACGUGGCAUAUGGGAGGGACACGUGGCAUAUGGGAGGGACAUGUGGCAUAUGGGAGGGACACGUGGCAUAUGGGAGGGACAUGUGGCAUAUGGGAGGGACACGUGGCAUAUGGGAGGGACACGUGGCAUAUGGGAGGGACAUGUGGCAUAUGGGAGGGACACGUGGCAUAUGGGAGGGACACGUGGCAUAUGGGAGGGACACGUGGCAUAUGGGAGGGACAUGUGGCAUAUGGGAGGGACACGUGGCAUAUGGGAGGGACACGUGGCAUAUGGGAGGGACAUGUGGCAUAUGGGAGGGACAUGUGGCAUAUGGGAGGGACACGUGGCAUAUGGGAGGGACACGUGGCAUAUGGGAGGGACACGUGGCAUAUGGGAGGGACAUGUGGCAUAUGGGAGGGACACGUGGCAUAUGGGAGGGACACGUGGCAUAUGGGAGGGACAUGUGGCAUAUGGGAGGGACAUGUGGCAUAUGGGAGGGACACGUGGCAUAUGGGAGGGACAUGUGGCAUAUGGGAGGGACAUGUGGCAUAUGGGAGGGACACGUGGCAUAUGGGAGGGACACGUGGCAUAUGGGAGGGACAUGUGGCAUAUGGGAGGGACACGUGGCAUAUGGGAGGGACACGUGGCAUAUGGGAGGGACACGUGGCAUAUGGGAGGGACACGUGGCAUAUGGGAGGGACAUGUGGCAUAUGGGAGGGACACGUGGCAUAUGGGAGGGACACGUGGCAUAUGGGAGGGACAUGUGGCAUAUGGGAGGGACACGUGGCAUAUGGGAGGGACAUGUGGCAUAUGGGAGGGACACGUGGCAUAUGGGAGGGACAUGUGGCAUAUGGGAGGGACAUGUGGCAUAUGGGAGGGACACGUGGCAUAUGGGAGGGACAUGUGGCAUAUGGGAGGGACAUGUGGCAUAUGGGAGGGACACGUGGCAUAUGGGAGGGACAUGUGGCAUAUGGGAGGGACAUGUGGCAUAUGGGAGGGACACGUGGCAUAUGGGAGGGACAUGUGGCAUAUGGGAGGGACACGUGGCAUAUGGGAGGGACAUGUGGCAUAUGGGAGGGACACGUGGCAUAUGGGAGGGACAUGUGGCAUAUGGGAGGGACAUGUGGCAUAUGGGAGGGACACGUGGCAUAUGGGAGGGGACAUGUGGCAUAUGGGAGGGACAUGUGGCAUAUGGGAGGGACACGUGGCAUAUGGGAGGGACAUGUGGCAUAUGGGAGGGACACGUGGCAUAUGGGAGGGACACGUGGCAUAUGGGAGGGACACGUGGCAUAUGGGAGGGACAUGUGGCAUAUGGGAGGGACAUGUGGCAUAUGGGAGGGACACGUGGCAUAUGGGAGGGACACGUGGCAUAUGGGAGGGACACGUGGCAUAUGGGAGGGACAUGUGGCAUAUGGGAGGGACACGUGGCAUAUGGGAGGGACACGUGGCAUAUGGGAGGGACAUGUGGCAUAUGGGAGGGACAUGUGGCAUAUGGGAGGGACACGUGGCAUAUGGGAGGGACAUGUGGCAUAUGGGAGGGACACGUGGCAUAUGGGAGGGACACGUGGCAUAUGGGAGGGACACGUGGCAUAUGGGAGGGACACGUGGCAUAUGGGAGGGACAUGUGGCAUAUGGGAGGGACACGUGGCAUAUGGGAGGGACACGUGGCAUAUGGGAGGGACACGUGGCAUAUGGGAGGGACACGUGGCAUAUGGGAGGGACACGUGGCAUAUGGGAGGGACACGUGGCAUAUGGGAGGGACACGUGGCAUAUGGGAGGGACAUGUGGCAUAUGGGAGGGACACGUGGCAUAUGGGAGGGACACGUGGCAUAUGGGAGGGACACGUGGCAUAUGGGAGGGACACGUGGCAUAUGGGAGGGACACGUGGCAUAUGGGAGGGACAUGUGGCAUAUGGGAGGGACACGUGGCAUAUGGGAGGGACACGUGGCAUAUGGGAGGGACAUGUGGCAUAUGGGAGGGACACGUGGCAUAUGGGAGGGACAUGUGGCAUAUGGGAGGGACACGUGGCAUAUGGGAGGGACAUGUGGCAUAUGGGAGGGACAUGUGGCAUAUGGGAGGGACAUGUGGCAUAUGGGAGGGACACGUGGCAUAUGGGAGGGACAUGUGGCAUAUGGGAGGGACACGUGGCAUAUGGGAGGGACAUGUGGCAUAUGGGAGGGACACGUGGCAUAUGGGAGGGACACGUGGCAUAUGGGAGGGACAUGUGGCAUAUGGGAGGGACAUGUGGCAUAUGGGAGGGACAUGUGGCAUAUGGGAGGGACACGUGGCAUAUGGGAGGGACACGUGGCAUAUGGGAGGGACACGUGGCAUAUGGGAGGGACAUGUGGCAUAUGGGAGGGACACGUGGCAUAUGGGAGGGACACGUGGCAUAUGGGAGGGACACGUGGCAUAUGGGAGGGACAUGUGGCAUAUGGGAGGGACACGUGGCAUAUGGGAGGGACAUGUGGCAUAUGGGAGGGACACGUGGCAUAUGGGAGGGACACGUGGCAUAUGGGAGGGACAUGUGGCAUAUGGGAGGGACACGUGGCAUAUGGGAGGGACACGUGGCAUAUGGGAGGGACAUGUGGCAUAUGGGAGGGACACGUGGCAUAUGGGAGGGACACGUGGCAUAUGGGAGGGACAUGUGGCAUAUGGGAGGGACACGUGGCAUAUGGGAGGGACACGUGGCAUAUGGGAGGGACACGUGGCAUAUGGGAGGGACACGUGGCAUAUGGGAGGGACAUGUGGCAUAUGGGAGGGACAUGUGGCAUAUGGGAGGGACAUGUGGCAUAUGGGAGGGACACGUGGCAUAUGGGAGGGACACGUGGCAUAUGGGAGGGACACGUGGCAUAUGGGAGGGACAUGUGGCAUAUGGGAGGGACACGUGGCAUAUGGGAGGGACACGUGGCAUAUGGGAGGGACACGUGGCAUAUGGGAGGGACACGUGGCAUAUGGGAGGGACAUGUGGCAUAUGGGAGGGACAUGUGGCAUAUGGGAGGGACACGUGGCAUAUGGGAGGGACACGUGGCAUAUGGGAGGGACAUGUGGCAUAUGGGAGGGACAUGUGGCAUAUGGGAGGGACACGUGGCAUAUGGGAGGGACACGUGGCAUAUGGGAGGGACAUGUGGCAUAUGGGAGGGACACGUGGCAUAUGGGAGGGACACGUGGCAUAUGGGAGGGACAUGUGGCAUAUGGGAGGGACAUGUGGCAUAUGGGAGGGACACGUGGCAUAUGGGAGGGACACGUGGCAUAUGGGAGGGACAUGUGGCAUAUGGGAGGGACACGUGGCAUAUGGGAGGGACAUGUGGCAUAUGGGAGGGACACGUGGCAUAUGGGAGGGACACGUGGCAUAUGGGAGGGACAUGUGGCAUAUGGGAGGGACACGUGGCAUAUGGGAGGGACACGUGGCAUAUGGGAGGGACACGUGGCAUAUGGGAGGGACAUGUGGCAUAUGGGAGGGACACGUGGCAUAUGGGAGGGACACGUGGCAUAUGGGAGGGACAUGUGGCAUAUGGGAGGGACAUGUGGCAUAUGGGAGGGACACGUGGCAUAUGGGAGGGACACGUGGCAUAUGGGAGGGACACGUGGCAUAUGGGAGGGACAUGUGGCAUAUGGGAGGGACACGUGGCAUAUGGGAGGGACACGUGGCAUAUGGGAGGGACAUGUGGCAUAUGGGAGGGACAUGUGGCAUAUGGGAGGGACACGUGGCAUAUGGGAGGGACAUGUGGCAUAUGGGAGGGACAUGUGGCAUAUGGGAGGGACACGUGGCAUAUGGGAGGGACACGUGGCAUAUGGGAGGGACAUGUGGCAUAUGGGAGGGACACGUGGCAUAUGGGAGGGACACGUGGCAUAUGGGAGGGACACGUGGCAUAUGGGAGGGACACGUGGCAUAUGGGAGGGACAUGUGGCAUAUGGGAGGGACACGUGGCAUAUGGGAGGGACACGUGGCAUAUGGGAGGGACAUGUGGCAUAUGGGAGGGACACGUGGCAUAUGGGAGGGACAUGUGGCAUAUGGGAGGGACACGUGGCAUAUGGGAGGGACAUGUGGCAUAUGGGAGGGACAUGUGGCAUAUGGGAGGGACACGUGGCAUAUGGGAGGGACAUGUGGCAUAUGGGAGGGACAUGUGGCAUAUGGGAGGGACACGUGGCAUAUGGGAGGGACAUGUGGCAUAUGGGAGGGACACGUGGCAUAUGGGAGGGACACGUGGCAUAUGGGAGGGACACGUGGCAUAUGGGAGGGACAUGUGGCAUAUGGGAGGGACAUGUGGCAUAUGGGAGGGACAUGUGGCAUAUGGGAGGGACACGUGGCAUAUGGGAGGGACACGUGGCAUAUGGGAGGGACACGUGGCAUAUGGGAGGGACAUGUGGCAUAUGGGAGGGACACGUGGCAUAUGGGAGGGACACGUGGCAUAUGGGAGGGACAUGUGGCAUAUGGGAGGGACAUGUGGCAUAUGGGAGGGACACGUGGCAUAUGGGAGGGACAUGUGGCAUAUGGGAGGGACACGUGGCAUAUGGGAGGGACACGUGGCAUAUGGGAGGGACACGUGGCAUAUGGGAGGGACACGUGGCAUAUGGGAGGGACAUGUGGCAUAUGGGAGGGACACGUGGCAUAUGGGAGGGACACGUGGCAUAUGGGAGGGACACGUGGCAUAUGGGAGGGACACGUGGCAUAUGGGAGGGACACGUGGCAUAUGGGAGGGACACGUGGCAUAUGGGAGGGACACGUGGCAUAUGGGAGGGACAUGUGGCAUAUGGGAGGGACACGUGGCAUAUGGGAGGGACACGUGGCAUAUGGGAGGGACACGUGGCAUAUGGGAGGGACACGUGGCAUAUGGGAGGGACACGUGGCAUAUGGGAGGGACAUGUGGCAUAUGGGAGGGACACGUGGCAUAUGGGAGGGACAUGUGGCAUAUGGGAGGGACAUGUGGCAUAUGGGAGGGACACGUGGCAUAUGGGAGGGACAUGUGGCAUAUGGGAGGGACAUGUGGCAUAUGGGAGGGACACGUGGCAUAUGGGAGGGACAUGUGGCAUAUGGGAGGGACAUGUGGCAUAUGGGAGGGACACGUGGCAUAUGGGAGGGACAUGUGGCAUAUGGGAGGGACAUGUGGCAUAUGGGAGGGACACGUGGCAUAUGGGAGGGACAUGUGGCAUAUGGGAGGGACACGUGGCAUAUGGGAGGGACACGUGGCAUAUGGGAGGGACAUGUGGCAUAUGGGAGGGACACGUGGCAUAUGGGAGGGACACGUGGCAUAUGGGAGGGACAUGUGGCAUAUGGGAGGGACACGUGGCAUAUGGGAGGGACAUGUGGCAUAUGGGAGGGACACGUGGCAUAUGGGAGGGAUUAG